UCUCGCUCUCUCUGCCUCCCUCCCACACUGUCCCACACACACCCAUCCAUAUAUAUACACAUAUACAUCCAUAUACACAUCCAUAUACACAUCCAUAUACACAUCCAUACCCUCCCCCCACUCCAUGUCGCCGCGUCGAUCAGACUCAAUGGAGGCCCAAGACAACAUCCGCAAGCGAGUCUGCAAGGCCUGCGACCGCUGCCGUCUAAAAAAGUCAAAGUGCGACGGAGCAAGCCCUUGCAGCCGCUGUAAGGCUGACAAUGCAAUCUGCGUCUUCGGAGAGCGAAAGAAGUCGCAAGACAAGGUCUAUCCCAAAGGAUAUGUCGAGAUGCUUGAGCAGCAGCAGGGCCAGCUCGUAGCCGGUCUCCGCGAACUCUACAGCCGUCUUCAGCGCGGCGAGAGCUGGCCAGGACAGCCUCUGCAGGAAACAGCCGCCGGCCACCCGCUUACCCACGACAUUCUCGAGCGUCUGGAUCUUCUGCACGCUUCCACCGACAGCCCCAACCACUACGACGGAUUCGAGGAGGACUGCAGCCGCAUGCAGCAGAGGCUAAUCGAGGGCGGCGCGCCAUUCACCCGCCGACGGGCCUCGGUCAGCUCCGAAUCAGACCACGGCCAUGUUUCGUCCAAUUCGUCGUACAACGGAACACCCACCACCAGGACCUUUGCCUACGAAAGCCCAUUUGCCCGCAACAACGCCCCGCCCACCCCGCCCAUGAACAGCCCAUUUCCACGCCAGUCGCAAGUCGUCGAGCCCGUCAAGCAGGAGCCCGUCAUGGCCUCGCCACCAUUCAUGCCCACCUCCGUCAUGGACCCCUCCGCCCUGUCGCGAACCCCCUGGAUCAACGACGCCAUCAUCAUGGACGACACAAUAGACUUCAAGCCCAUGUACGCAUUCGACAGCUAUGGCGCCUACGACCAGAACAUGAUGGUCGACACGGCCGCAAUCACCCCAAACGACCCCAUGAUGCCAGACUGGAAUACCCAUAACGAGCUCGACUUCAACAACUUCAUCCAGAAUCCCGUCGGUGCAUGACAACAUCCUUUGCGCUCCUCGUUGUUUGCCUCUCCAUGUUUUUUAGCGUUCAAGCGUUCUGGGAUACCAUCCAUUCAUUCACACGGCGUUUGGGCUGGCCACGGCUAUUGGCCAUGGGUUAUCGGCGUUCAAUUCGGUUGGUGCUGACCAACCAUUCCCUGGGGGAAAAAAUAAAAUAAAAGAGGAAAUUUCCCACCCUGUACAACCAUUGUCUCGACGCUUCACUAUGACGUGCAUUGCUGUGCCGGGCACAGUUGCAAACGCGACCCCCGCACAUUGGCACUUGUUUUCUGGUUAAUGAGCAUGAGAAUGGCGGCCGAGGGGAGGAGCACUAACUGGUUCUGUACAUGAUGCUGUAAAUAUUAAUCACCAUUUUUUUU